AUGUACGGCACCAGACCUUUCUUUUUCAAGAAAGUGGUAGCCUCUUCAUUGCCGUUGCUAACGACGUCGUCAUGGUCAAAAUCAGAUGAUCAUCAUCAUCAUCGUCAUCAGAUAAUAAACUCAUCAUGUCUUGUGGCUGGCCUUUGCGGGGAAGGCCUUUAUUUGGCCUUUUGUAGACCAACAGAUAAAUCAUGGACCCUCAUUGAGCCAGUGCUAGAGGGUACACGCUUCACUCCUCUGGAUAUAGAAAUAAUUGAUGGGAAAUUAUAUCCUGCAAAUCAGGAUGCAGCACAGUUUUUGAUCGUGUACGAUCUCCAAAUGUUACAUGCUGACGGCCAUGCCAAUGCCGGGCCUCCUGGUAAUAAGUACAGCGGGCCACCUCAAAAGUUGGUUAUGCUUCAUCCAAGGCCAGUUCGUUCCCUGUCCUCUAACAAUACGGGUGGCGUCGUAUAUGUUACCGAAAAGGAAAGCCCUCGCUUAGCAAAAGAUCCUACAACAAAGGAGCUGUUUCUGAUUCUCCAUAACACUAGUUUUGCUUAUGAAAAGGAUCCAAUAAUUCCCCAGUCCCUCUUAGGUCACAAUUAUGUCAUUCCACCUCAAACUAAAGGAUUCCGAGUGUUCAAGCUUGAAUAUAACAACAAUGGUCCUAAAUGGGUAGAGGUUGAAGACAUCGGCGGCGAUAGGAUAUUGUUCCUGAGCAAGGCAAGCAACAAGCUCAUCUCUGCUACAAGCCUCAGUCUCACUUAUGGCGAUUAUAAGAAGAGAGUUGAAGGAAAUUGCAUUUGUUUUGCUUUCGAUAAUCCUUGUUUAGCAUCACCGUGGAUGGGACGCGACUUUGGGGUGUUUUCCUUGACAAACAAGAACAUCCAGCGUUUUAUUGUUCCCAAUGAUCACCCUCGUACUAGCCUAUUCAAUACUCAAACUGUUUGGUUCACGCCAUACAUUGAAUAG